AUGAGGGCUCUGGUGACCCUGGUGUCCCUGCUGUUCCUGGGAGUCCAGGCUCAGCAUGAGUGGACCUACUCAGAUGGGGAGCUGGAUGAAGAGCACUGGCCUCGGGAAUACCCUGACUGUGGGGGACAGAGACAGUCGCCCAUUGACGUGCAGAGGAGGAAGGUGCGUUUCAACCCCUCCUUGAAGGUGCUGAACCUGACAGGCUACGGGGAUGAACAUGCCGGCGAGUUCCUCAUGGUCAACAACGGCCACACAGUGCAGAUCAGCCUGCCCUCCACCAUGCGUAUGACGGCUCCUGAUGGCACCGUGUACGUAGCUGUGCAGAUGCAUUACCACUGGGGUGGUGCAUCCUCCGAGGUCAGUGGCUCUGAGCAUACCAUCGAUGGAAUCAGACGUGUGACAGAGAUUCACCUUGUUCACUACAAUGCCAAGUACGAGAGUUACAACGUAGCGAAAGAUGCCCCUGAUGGUUUGGCUGUGCUGGCAGCCUUGGUCGAGAUCGAGGCCUAUGCUGAGAACACUUAUUACAGCAACUUCAUUUCUCACUUGGCCAACAUCAAGUACCCAGGACAAAGCACAACUCUGAAUGACCUUGUCAUCCAGGACAUGCUACCUGGGGACCUCUAUCAUUACUACAGCUACCAAGGGUCCCUCACCACCCCUCCAUGCACGGAGAACGUCCACUGGUUUGUGCUGGCUGAUUCUGUCAAGAUCUCCAAGACCCAGGUUCACAGUCUCGAGAAUUCCGUGAAGAACCACCAUAAUGAGACCCUCCACAACGGUUACCGCAAGACUCAGCCCCUCCACCACAGAGUGGUGGAGGCCAACUUUCCCUACUUCCCUGACCAGCGCUCUCAGUUCCAGUUUGCACUAAGCAAGAUCGACGACAAACUUGACCGUCUGGUCAGGGCUCUGGAACACAGGCCGAGCAGGAGGGACUACUACUGA